UUGAGUAGUCUCCGGUGAUUUACUGACAGGAGCCAUAUUUUAGACAGAGUAACUCGUCUCCAUUCUGUUCUUCCGGAUUCACACACCAGCGGGUCAAUUUUUUUUUUUUUUUUCUUUCAAGAAAAUAAGAGUUCAGAGAAGGCUUUAAGGCAACACAACUCUUUAUCUUCCCGUAGUAAAGAUGGCGACACCCUGAACGUAAAUUACAAGGAACACCACUUCCGCGUUUCUCUUGCUCCCUGGUCCAAGAUGGCGGAUGAGGCCACUCGGCGGGUCGUUUCUGCGAUCCCAGUGCUGAAGACUAACGCCGGACCCCGAGAUCGAGAACUGUGGGUACAACGACUAAAGGAGGAAUAUCAGUCCCUUAUCCGGUAUGUGGAGAACAACAAGAAUGCAGACAACGAUUGGUUCCGACUGGAGUCUAACAAGGAAGGGACCCGGUGGUUUGGAAAAUGCUGGUACAUCCAUGACCUCCUCAAAUAUGAAUUUGACAUCGAGUUUGACAUUCCUGUCACAUAUCCCACUACUGCUCCAGAGAUUGCAGUCCCUGAACUGGAUGGGAAGACAGCAAAGAUGUACAGGGGUGGCAAAAUAUGCCUGACUGAUCACUUCAAACCUUUAUGGGCCAGGAAUGUACCCAAGUUUGGACUAGCUCAUCUCAUGGCCUUAGGGCUGGGUCCUUGGCUGGCAGUGGAAGUCCCUGAUCUGAUUCAGAAGGGUGUGAUCCAGCACAAAGAGAAAUGCAACUAAUGAAGGAUCAAGCCACUGAAGCAGGACAGAGGGACUUUUGAUAGACUGUGUUCCCCUUUUCUUGUGCAUCAUUGUUCCUACUCAUGGUCCCUGCUCCCCACACCCAUUCACCUCUGGUCAUGAAGUAGCUAUAGCAGGCAUUACUGGAGGAAAAAAGACCAAUAACAUAGUGAUGCCACUAAGUUAAGCUGUUCAGAGAGGGGAAAGACUUGGCUCUUGAAAAACCAGUUUGUAGUUUAUAUCCCCUCCCUAGGUAUUGCCAUGAAAACCUCAAAUCUUGGAAGAAUAGGUGUUAAUGAUAGUAUAUAGUGUUUUUUUGGUUUCUGGAGACAACUUGUUAAUAAAAGCUGCUUCCUGUGCUA